AUGUCUCGGUGCUUUAACUGUGAGAAAAACUGUGAAACUAAGCGAUGUACGGGCUGCCAUCAAGCAUUCUACUGUUCAAAAACCUGCCAAAAGAACCACUGGGGUAAACACAAGGAAAACUGUAUCCGAGCAGACUCGUCGAUACACGAACUAUUCAAGGUUUGUGCGAGGGAUGUUUUUCCUGACCCUGGGUCGACAGUUGCACGCGAUUAUGGCAGAAACUAUAUUGCUUGGCGUGUUCCAGCUCAUAACGAAGGACGUGGGGAAUCUUGAACUGGGUGAUACAAUGUACGUAUUCAAUUCGAUCGGCGUGUCAAAGAAGAUGAUCGUCAAAGCGUGA